AUGUGGAAGCCCACAGUCAACUUUCUCGUUGUGCAUUAUGCAUGGAUCAUUUCCUUGAGUAUCCUUAGCUUGGUUAUCAUCUACCCUUAUGGAAACAUGAAAGCAAUAGACGCCUUCUUCUUCGGCGCAAGUGCUUCUACAGAGUCGGGGCUCAACACUAUUGAUCUUAAAGAACUCAAAACUUACCAACAGGUGUACGUCUACCUGAUUCCAAUCCUUGGCAACUUAGGGUUUGUCAAUAUCAUCGUGGUCAUCGUGAGGCUUCACUGGUUUGAGAAGCAUCUCCGAGCUGUCUCCUCAUCGCUUUUGAAACCGGAAGCACCUAAAGGACGAAAUGCCAGCUUCGACGUGGAAGCGACGGCAGACAAGAAGCAAGGAUUACACAACAAGAGGCAUCCAGAGUCUCGCUAUGACACCAGCGGAGAUAAACCGAAGGAGUCUGUUUUGGGCUCUGAGAACCAAAUAGACCCAGAAUACAACCCAACGGAAACCGAACAGGAGCACAUAUCUCACACAGCAUCUCCGCUUGCCACAAGAACUAUUCAGUUUGGGGAUGAGACUCCAGAGUAUGAUGGACAAACCAAGGCCCUCUACAUCCCUCCUCCAUGGAAACGUGACCAAGGCAAUCCUAUUGUGGAAAUUGAGAAUGAAACCAACGACUGUGAUGAUGCAGUAUCAACGAAACUGAAACCAACAGACUCGAACAUCCCCGGGCCCUCAUACUUCCAGCGAACGACUAGCAACAUGAAGUCCACCACACGUCAACUUGAGCGCGUUGUUUCGAUAAUGUUUCGUCCUGGUGGAUCGGCAAGCUUUGAUACAAGUUCCCGACAACGAUCAACCCAAGAAAAACCAACCUACAAAGCAUUGGCCCUUCCCAAUAUUUCCUCACAAGCCUCCAUGGGCCGGAACUCACAAUUCUACAACUUGACCACUGAAGACCGGGAGAGACUAGGCGGUAUUGAGUACCGCAGCUUGAAACUCUUGCUCAAAAUUGUCACCGCUUAUUUCAUUGGGAUACACCUUUUCGGUGCUAUAUGCCUCGUGGGAUGGAUACAGCAUGCCGACCCGAAGUAUCGCGAGUACCUUGCUGAAUGUGGACAAGACAAUGUGUGGUGGGGAUUUUACUCCGCUCAAACAAUGGUGAGCAAUCUCGGCUUCACUCUGACACCAGAUUCGAUGAUUCACUUUCAAGAUGCGACUUUUCCACUGAUUGUCAUGAGCUUUCUCGCAUAUGCCGGAAACACCUGUUAUCCAUGUCUGCUACGACUUGCGAUAUGGAUCAUGUACAAACUUUGCCCGGAGAAGUCAUCGAUGAAAGAGACACUCAGCUUUUUGCUUGACCAUCCCCGACGUUGCUACACGCUGCUAUUUCCAAGUCGGCCCACAUGGAUCCUUUUUGGAAUUUUGUUCACAAUGAACUUCGUUGACGUUGUUUUGAUCAUCGUGUUGGAUCUAAACAACCCCGCGGUGAACAAUCUUCCUGCUGGGCCGCGCGUUCUUGCUGCCAUAUUUCAAUCGGCCUCAUCAAGACACACGGGAACAGCAAUUUUCAACUUGGCAGAGGUCAGCCCAGCUGUUCAGUUCAGUCUUGUGGUCAUGAUGUAUGUGGCCGUAUUCCCUAUCGCUAUAAGCGUGAGGGCGUCGAACAUUUAUGAAGAAACAACUCUGGGGGUGUAUACCAAAGAAAACGACGUGGAUGAAAGAAAUGGCCAAUCCUAUAUCAUGGCCCACAUUCAGAACCAGCUCACCUUCGACUUGUGGUACAUUUUCAUCGGGGUAUUCUUUAUCUGCAUUGCCGAGGCAGGGAAGAUUUCCGAUAAUUCGAUUCCUGCCUUUUCUGUCUUCUCGGUGUUCUUCGAGGUAGUCUCGGCCUAUGGAAAUGUCGGCCUAAGUCUUGGGUAUCCGACAGUGAGCACAUCCCUCAGUGGAGAGUUCACUGUCUUUAGCAAACUUGUUGUUUGUGCGAUGAUGAUACGAGGCCGCCACCGAGGAUUGCCAUACAAGCUUGAUCGUGCCAUUGUACUCCCCAGAGAACGUCUGGUGGAAGACGAUACCGAGGAAGACCCGAAUCGGAGAGGAAGGCAGUUUCGACAGAUAUCGGGGAUCAAACGCUAUCAUACAAACUAG